AUGUCCGCGGUCAAUGACGGCUGCCACAACCAAGACAUGGCCAACAUGGCGCUGGCGGUUAGCGAGGCCAUGGGCGUGCUGAAUCAAGAGCAGUCACAUGGGUUUGGCUUUGAGGCCGACCGCGACGGCACAAACACCGGCGACGACGAUGUCUGUAGCGACCAAUGCGAAGAGGUUUAUUUGGACGACAAUGAUGAUGAUGACCUGGGCAUAACACGGGAGAUCAUGGGCUCAGACGACGGGGAGGAACUCACAGCCUCCCGCGCCGACUUUGAUAGCUGGAUGCAGAACCAUGCCACGUUGGAGGCCGAUAUGGCCAGUACGAGUACAGAGCAGGGCGCCGAAACGAACAUCUACAAUGACACCUACGACGACAUAUAUGAUGAUGACGAUGACGAUGACGAGGGGUACGAAGAAAGUGGCGAAGAGUUGCGAUUCCCUCACAGCGCGUGGGCCAACGCUCGGAAUAGUGUGGAUACGAAUGGCGAUGGCUCACAAUUGCAGCGCAUGGCUGGCAGCUCCACCAUAGACGACACUCCGAUAAGCAUAGGUUCAUCCGACAACGAGGAUGAGCUGGAGGACUAUGAAGACGAAGUCGGCGAGUACGAUGAUAAUUACGAGGUUUACGAAGGAGAGGAGGUGUACACGGGGGAGGACGGAUCUUCGCGGGAGCAGCUAUACAGCAGCACAUUUACCGACAGUUCGGUGCCAGCAAACGCGCAAUUCAGUGUCCAAGUCUGCGAGCAGUUUGUCGGCGCGCUGGGGCCUCUGGAUAUUAUUGAAGCACCAUAUUUCCAACACCAGCUUUCCCACCAAGCUGACAUUGCCGACGAACCUGGCACGUUGUCAGAGACCGAGGCGGCUUCCAUUGCCAGUGCGAUGCUUUUCCUGACAGAGCCAACCACUGAACCUAGUCCACAGCCCGUGGUGGCCUACGAGCGUCCCCCACUGCCGCCAACUCGUAAUGCUCCGUUGCUGGCUGACAUGAAUAGUGCCAUUAACCAGAGCAUCGACCGAUCGCUGGAUAUGGUUGCCGAAAUAUCAGAGGGCUGCGACCAGACACAUGCAACACAGGUGGACUUAUAUCACAGCUUUGGCGACGCUGAAGAGACAGAGUUGAAAUUGCUUGCCGAAAGGGACUCACUGCUUAGCCGCAUCCAAACGCUCGAGAAGGACGCCGGGACGCAGACACAAUCGAUUGAAGAUGCCCAGCGGGGCGCUCAACAGCAAAAGCAGGCGCAUGCGGCUGAGGUAUUCGAGUUGAGGGAGAGGCUGAGGAGUGUGGCUGCAACAACUUCAAAGCUCGCUGACGAUCUGCAGACUACAAGUGCUUCACUGAGCGAAACCAUGGAGGUACUGGACAUUGUCAGCUGCGAGAGGACAGAUCUGGUUGCUAAGUGUCGCUUGCUCGAGGCAGACAUUGAAUCCGUUUCCAGCCAGCUGGCGCGCGAACAGCAGCUGCACAGUGAAUCCCAGAAGAGCUGCAGCUUGCUUGCGAUGGCAAUUCCAGCGAUGCGCCUGACGCUGGCCCAUAACAAGGAGCGGUUGCUGCUCGAUACCAAUCGCGCGUUGGAGGCCCGCUUGGGGGACGCUCUUCGCAAGGCCAAGGCGCCUGUGACAACAAAGGAUGCGCUGGCCGAUCACCGGCGUGCGUGGGAUGUGCAGCUCAGCGAGGCCAGAUCAGAGGCAAACUUUUCUCGCGAAAAGCUGACCCGUGUCGAGGCUGACUUGCAAGGAGAGCGGCGCGUUAACGCCCAGCUGAGGAAACGCCUGCAGGGGGCAGAGACAGCGCUGGAUGCACUUGAGCAGCUAGAGAGGAAGCGCAAACUGGAUGCCGAGGCUGAUGAGCGCCGCCAGUCUGUCGAUAGCAAGAGGGCUAAGCUGGCGGCAAUCCGCAACGCUGUCACGCCCACUCGCCCUGGAUCAGCAGGGGAAAACAUGCAGACCCUUCAUACAAGACAGGGCCAAUUCGGCCAGACUAACGAGGCCGUGGCUAAUCCUGAGGAGUUUGCGCGCGAUCGGCGGCGCCGCACUGGCUCGCUGCUAGGAUCGUUUCCAGCUACACCACGCGCAGUGGCUGAUCUCAGCCGUUUGUCCUUUGGCCAUCACUUGUCAUCACCGCCCGCCGGCAAGCCAGUGACGCCGCGAAUUAACCUGCACGGCCCCCAGCCUGCCAGCCCCAGAUGGAUAUCACCAAUUAGGAAGCCGGCAGAAUAG